GCCAUAACACCAGCUAGAAGAUCACCCAGCAGACCACUUCACUCCACACCCAUAUGGCGAUGCUUCAUGAAGAAGAGCUCUCCGAGCUGGCUGGCGACAUAUCGGUCUAUGUGCUCCUCGCGGCCAUGCUCCUCGUCUUUGUCGCGGGCCAGGCCUGCACCGGCGGCUGGGGCUGCGCCGUGGCCCACGUCGUGACGAAGAUAUGGGCCCAGGCCAUACUCGUCCUGCUUCUCUUGCCGCUAGCGCUCGUGCUCUUCUUCCGCCGCGCCGCCGGCUGCAGCAGCAAGGCGGCGGACGCGGAGAGUCUGAGCGUCAAGGAUGUUGAGGAACGACCUUAUGACUUUUCCUUGGCUCUUAUGUGGCUUUUGCUUGUGGCGAUGUUGGGAACCUUCGCUUUCGUUUUUUACAUGUAUGGAUAUCCAGACUUGGCCGAUCUUUUCGGCCACGCGGUUCUCGUGGUCGUUUUCCUGUGUGAAGCCUUCCUGUAUGUUCGUGCUGCACUGUCGCUGUGGAAGAUGAACCCCACUCCCAAGCCCAGCAGCAUGGUGGCUGCAGAGUAACGGAGGAUCGCCCACUUACUCAGGUGCGCAGGAUCUCGAGCCGGCCGUAGCAAGAUGAUGGAGAGUACUACGUACUGUACUGCAGGAGCGCUUCUGCUUCUUUCUAGCUUUGUUGCUGUUCUGAAUAAAGAGACGGACAUGCAUGUCGUGUGAUGUGUAGUAGUAUCAAACUUGCUUCAGUUAAUGCUAGUUCAGCGCUAAUGCAGUGCCUGAACCGGAGCUAUCGAUCUAACACAGCAUGGAUGCAUGUGUUGCUGUCAUUUACGUGUACGUGCCUAUAAAAUAUGACUGGACGUACGCUCUGAUGAACAGCUUCUACUCUGUAGUACUAUCUAAUAUACCAUAGCGCUUCACAGGCCUCCUGCUUUCUCCGUGAUUGUUA